ACUUUUUAAUCACAUCGAGUUGGCCAGCAAUCUAAAUCCCAACUGCGCCUACUACUUCUUUAAGGAGGGCAUCCGCCCGAUGUGGGAGGACUCGACGAACAAGGCCGGCGGCCGCUGGGUGAUCAACUGCAUGAAGAAGAACUUCAAGGCAAUUGACAACUACUGGAUGGAGCUGCUGUUGGCGCUGAUCGGCGAAGCCUUCGGCGAGUACAACGACUACGUCUGCGGCGCCUUCUGCGUCAUCAAGCAGAAGAACGACCGUAUCGGCGUGUGGACCAAGCAGGCGAAUGAUCGCGACUCGAACAUGCACAUCGGACGCGUCAUCAAACAACGCCUCAACUACCAGGGCAACGUCAGCUACGAGGCACAUGACACCUCGAGGAGUAAAACGAGCUACCAGGUCUAG